AUGGCCAGAAAAAAGUCUGCUGCCAAAAGAGCCCGAGAGGCCAACCCGCAGCAACCAGCGUCUGGGCCGGUUGCGAAGGAGAAAGACGUAAUCUCAGAAGAACCAAAACCCGAGCCAGUGGAGAACGAGACCGCGGACGAAGAGGUGGAAGACGAGGACGAGAGCUCGGAGGAAGAAGACCAGUACGGUGAUCUCUUGACCGAGGACGUUGAGGAGGGGUUCCAGAAAGUGCUGCAGGCAAUCAAGACCGGAGACAAGGCUCUGUUUGAUAAGAAUGUGAAGUUUUUCAAAGAUCCAGAGGAAGCAGAGGUUCCUGUCACCAAAAAAGAGAAGCCCAUGUACUUAAAAGAUUACCACAGAAAAGUUCUGUUGGACGGCCACGCCUUUGAAGACGACGACGGCGAAGAGCGCGAGUGGAAGGAGGGCGAGAAGCCGUAUGCAGUUCAACAGCAGGAAGACAAGAGCAAGCUGCUUUCUGAGAUCCAGUCUGCGUUCAGCGACGAGGAGGGCGACGAUUUUUUGCAGAAAAAAGAGGUCCAGCGCGAGAUUAAGCCUGCCAAGUCGCUUCCGGACCCAGAGCAGGACGGAGAGAAGUUCUUGGAAGCGUUUUUGGAGAAAGAAGCAUGGAUUCCAGAGCAGGACGAGACGAGACCGGAGAUGGAAGAAGAUGACGACGAGUUUGACGAGGCGGCCGAGAAGUUCGAAAACGCUUACAAUUUCCGUUUCGAGGACCCUAAUGCUGCCGAAAUCAUCUCGUACGCCAGAUCGCAGGCUACUAUGCGGCGAGAAAAGAUGAACAGCAGAAAGAAGCAGAGGUUAAAGAAAAAGGAGGAGCAGCUGAGGGAGGAGGAAGAGAAACAGGAGCUCUUGCGCAAGAAAAAACAGAAGAAAGCCAUUCAAGUUCUGGACCGUCUGAAGGAGAUCAAGGAGGCGGUUGGCGGUCAGGUUUCUGAGGAAACUAUAGCGCGUGUGUUUGGCGACAGUUUGUUGAACGACGACUUUGACGAUGCCGAGUGGGACAGCAAAAUGGCGGAGAUUUUCAACGAGGCCUUCUAUGACGAAGAGGGCAAGCCGGAGAAGCCCGAAGUGGAGUUGAGCGAAGAGGAGGAAGACAUCGAAGAAGACGAAGAGGCGGAGAAAGAGGAGGCGAAGGAGGAAGAAGAGCCAAAGGAUAACAAAUCCAAGAAGUCGAAGAAGAAGGAAGAAAAACUCGGCAAGAAGAAGGAAAGGCAGAAACUGAAGGAGGUGGCCGAGAAGCUAGUGAGCGCCAACACGCCCAAGCUUCUCGAGGAAGUCGAAGAAGAGCGUGGUAGGGGCAAGGAUAGAGAGGAAAUCAAGUUCAGGUACCGUGAGGUUUCUCCGGAGUCGUUCGGACUCACUACUAGAGAAAUACUCGUUGCUGAUGAUAAGGACCUGAACGAGCUUAUAGGACUCAAGAAGCUUGCUCCGUACAGACCGAAGGAGCUGAAACUUAAGGACAAGCGGAAAUACGCCAAGAAGAAGAGGCUGCGUGAGUGGCGGAUGAAAGUCUUCAAGAGCGCUGACGGACUGGCUGACGACGAGCCUGCUACCAAAAAAGCAAAAACUAAAUAG